AUGAAAUAAAUUAUUUAAAUUAAUAAAAAUAUUAAUAAUUAUUAAUAUUGCUAUUCAUCUGUAAAACCUGUUCCAAUAUAUGAAGGCAUUAGUAAAUUCAACAGUAUAAAUGAAAAAUUAAGAGUUAAUGAAAACUAUGAAAAACAUAAAUGGUAAAGUAAGUUUAAUUACUAUAAAAUAAAUACCGAUGAGUUAAAGUGCAUUUUUUUGUAAGAUAAUCAAGAUUAUUAAGUCUCUAUAGAAUUAAUAAAUCAAUUUAAUAAAGAUUUGUAAUAAAAAAAUAAUAAUAUCUAACACCUUAAAAAUGCUCCUUGGAAAUUUCAAUUCUUCAAGCAAUUAUACUUUUAAUUAAAAGAAGUUGCUUAAACAUAAGAUAGAAUAGUUCAAAGUGUGUUUGCAAAACAGGUAAAUCUAUGGGCUUUUGAAUAAUUAGAAAGACUAGAAGCAUAAAAUAAAUCUUUGAAACCUUUCGAAGAUGAUAAUUCAUUUAUUUAUCAAUUUUAAGAAAUUAAAAAAUCAAAAAAAGAAGAUUUAAAUUAAUUAUAUUCUCCCAAAAAUAACAAUUAUAAUAACACAACACUAAAUGAAAACGAUGAAACAUCAAACUAAACUUAAGAUACUUCUAAAAUUAUUUGUUAUCCACAUUUAUAUAUGGCUGAGUAACUUAAGGAUUAUCAAAGUAAAGCACGUACUAAAUAUCCUGAAUAUGAAGCUCCUGAAGUUUAGUUAAGAGGCUAUAAAAGACAUAUACUUUCAUUUGAAGAUCCUUAGAAAAUAAUGACAAAAAUAAAUGAAAAAUAAGAAAAGAAUGAAAUAAAUAAAAUUGAGCCUUAAAAAAAAAAUUCUAAUAAUAUGCAUUAAAUACCAAAGAAUAUUAAUGAAAAUCAAAUUAAAAACUAAAAGAAUGCAUACUUAUAGCCUUAAAUAAAGAAAUUUGUCACAGAUUAUAGUGAUUAAUGUGAUUUAAAUGACAAAAAAUAUAACAUUAAAAGUAAUUAUAUAUAUUAUGAAUCUUCUGAAGAUAUAAGAGAGUUAAAGAUGGAAAACUUGUUGAGAACUAAUAGAGUGAAAUAAAUAGCCGAAAAACGAGAAGAUGAGGAAAAAUUAGAAAUGAUGAAAUAAUGGGCAGUUAAUAAAAGUAGAAUUGAAAAAGAAAUAAAUCGAAAAGUUGAUUCUUCUACAUUUGGAAAUGAUUUCAAAUAAUUAGAAUAUAAAUAUGAUAAAACUAAAAGAUCUAUUUCUCUUCAAACUAAUCCAAAUUAGCAAAAAACUUUUAAUUGUGUCGAAUAUUUAGCUAAAAGAGAUUUAAAUCACGAAAAAUAAAAUAUUAAUUUAGAAGAUUAAAUUACGUAAUAAAGAAUUAAUUAAGUAAAGAAUUAAUAUUAUAAUAUUAUUGGAUUAAGAUAAAAUAAAAACGAUUAAAAAAUUAAUAAAAUAUUACCUUCUUUAUCUAUAUAUGAUAGUAGUAAUUGCAAAAAUAGAUUUAAGCAUUUCUCAACUAUAGUUAAUGUUAAUGUAAAAAAACUUCAAAAAAAACAACUAGAUUAAGCUUUAGAGAUAAAAAACAGAAUGGCUAAAUAUAAGAUAAACAUGCAAAUGAAAGAAUUAGCUAAUGCUAUACUUACACCUUCAGGCAUAUAAAAUGCUUAAGAAAUCAAUUUAUUACCAGAACCUGGAUAAAGACUCAUAAAAAAUCCUUUUAUAAAUGAAAAAAAAAAAAAAAAAAAGAACAAAAGAAGGUGA